CUGCAGCCAUCCUCCUGUGCGCCUGUCAUAUGAUCAGCUUCCCGUUUGUAUUUGUUGAUGCGAGCUAACCGCUUCUCAUUAUGAAACCACUUUACCUGUAUCCAAACUAAACCUUUAUUUCAUACCGUCCACAAAUACAUCACCUAAACGCAACCACCAGAAUCUAGAGAGAGAGUUGGGAGAAGUUUGAAGCUUUAUAAAGCGCGCUACAAUGUCGAUCGAGUACGAGGAACAGCUAGCCGGAAGCCUGGUGGACUCUUUCCCUAAAGAUUUCGGCUACGGCGUGGAAAACAUGGAUAUGAUGCAGGAAAACUUGGAAAACUCUCCUUCUGCCGAUAACAAACCCAGAAUUCUGUUGAUGGGACUGAGACGGAGCGGGAAAUCCUCCAUCCAGAAGGUGGUCUUUCAUAAGAUGUCCCCCAAUGAGACGCUCUUCCUGGAGAGCACCAACAAGAUCCACAAGGACGACAUCUCUGCCAGUUCUUUUGUGAACUUUCACAUAUGGGACUUUCCAGGACAAGUGGACUUUUUUGACCCGACGUUCGAUUACGAGAUGAUUUUCCGGGGCACGGGCGCCUUGAUCUUCGUCAUUGAUGCACAAGAUGAUUACGUAGAAGCAUUAGGACGGCUACAUUUGACUGUGUCACGGGCAUUUAGGGUGAACCCAGAGAUUAAUUUCGAGGUGUUUAUACACAAAGUGGAUGGUUUAUCUGACGAUCAUAAAAUUGAGACGCAGAGAGACAUUCAUCAGAGAGCUAAUGAUGAUCUGAUCGAUGCCAGUCUGGAAAAGCUUCACCUGAGUUUCUAUCUCACCAGCAUCUAUGAUCACUCCAUCUUUGAGGCCUUCAGUAAGGUGGUCCAGAAACUUAUUCCUCAGCUGCCCACACUGGAAAACCUCCUCAACAUAUUUAUUUCUAAUUCUGGUAUUGAGAAAGCGUUUCUAUUUGACGUGGUCAGCAAAAUCUACAUCGCCACGGACAGUUCGCCGGUGGACAUGCAGUCAUAUGAGCUCUGCUGUGACAUGAUCGAUGUCGUCAUUGAUGUCUCGUGUAUUUACGGACUGAAGGACGACGGCAACGGUAACGCUUACGAUAAAGAGUCUCUGGCCAUUAUAAAACUGAAUAACACCACAGUCCUUUACCUUAAAGAGGUAACCAAGUUUCUGGCUAUGGUCUGCAUCCUGAGAGAGGAGAGCUUUGAGAGGAAAGGUUUGAUAGACUACAACUUCCACUGCUUCAGAAAGGCCAUUCACGAAGUAUUUGAGGUGAGCAGCGCCACCCAGAGGACAGUAGCAGCGGUGGAGUCCAGCCCUCCCAGCAGCAGCGGCGGCAACAUUCUGACCCGGCUCAAAUCAGCAGCGAUGAACGGUACACCCAGGAGCCUGGUUUAACCUGAGACACAUGGACCACUAAGAGCACAGCGCCUUUACACUAGUGCACUAAACAUGCACUAACGUACACAUGAGAUUACUGGAGCGUUUCUCUGGUUACACCUGCUGUUUCAGGUACAAAGAGACGAUACCAGAAGACUCAAGGAUCAGAGAUCUACAUUGCUGCUGUUUUAUUAUAUUAUGAUCUGUGUGUGUGCGCGUGUGUAUGUACUGUAUGUGUGUGUGCAAAGCACCGUAUCACCUAAUGUAGUAGGGGCAAAUGGAAAAUCUGUGCAAUGUAGCCAAGAUAUUGAAACACAAUUAAAUGAGUUCCUUAAAAUUGUGCUUAAGUUUUAGACUGAGCCGAUCUAGACUGCAGUGCUAUAACAUUGUCUGGAUUGACUUCAGUACGUCCACGGGUCCUAAACGGACUACGGCUGUGUCAUAAAGCACCUAUAAUACCCAGAAGUGCAGUUUAGUAGUCUGCUAUGUUUAGGGAAACAGCCCACUUUACAGGUGAAUCUCACACAGACACGUGUAGCUUAUGAUUUUCUCCGAUUUAAUUUAAUACACCAAGAAAAUGGAGGUUAUUUAAGUUUUGCAUUAUGACAUUAUUUUCUAUUGAGUAUAUUUGUUUCUUAACAAUGUUGUCUUACUUUUGCAUUAUAUUUUCAUUGGUAUAACAUUUUUCUCUUACAUUGGUAUAAAUGAAUACAGCUUUUUUUCCACAUUACAGUUAUGAGAAUGUGGGAGACACAUUUUGGCGGAAAUAAUAUCACAAUGCAAAAAUUACAAUAAAUGCAGGAAUUAUUUACUUUAGGGUAAAAUAUGUCCUGUACAUGUUUAGGUUUAAAUUCAUGAUAGUUUCAUUAGGUAUACUAGUUAUCUUUUGAGGUAGUAAAACAGAAAUCUUUUACAGAAAAAUUAGCCGAAAUCCUCAACCACUUUCUUUAGGAGGACAUUUGUUCAUGUUGACCUGUUAAUCCAGUUGCUGACACUAUUACUUAGUAUUUUUUAAGAGGAUAUAAAGGGAGAAAAGGCUCAAAUUACAUUUUAAGAUUCUUGUGGAUGUCUGGCUGUCUCUGCGAACUGCCUUACAGAUAAAUGAAUCACAUACAGAGGUUUUUACUUCAGUUAUGGAACGUAUGGUUAUUUUCUUGCCUAAAAUCUUCUUAAUUUAAUAUGAAAUAAUCAGGGAACAUAUAUGAGCCCAAUAGUUUGCCAUUAAAUGGUAAUUACAGUGUUCUGGUGUAAUGAGAUACAUGGGGAACAUGCAUGGGGAAAGACGCUGAAGUUUGUUGAAUGCAAUAUAAAGGUAUUAUGUGAAUAAUUCGUAUUUCUCCUUUUAUGUGCUUUAUUCUUCUAUUCACAGUUUUAAAAAAAUCCCAGAUUUUGUAUGAAUAUAUAAUGAUGGCUGUGCGUACGACCAACUUAUCACUGCAUUGUAUGAUUGUGAAAGCUUUGGUUUUGUGUGUGUGUGUCCUUUCUUUUUUCUAAUAAAGUGUGAAAAAUAAGAUAUUAAUUUUUGUGGUCGAAUUAUAUAGAUUAUUACCUGUAAGAUACCAAGAAACUGUUUACUUAUGGUAUAUUUUGUCUCAGAACACGCUGAUAAAUUAAAGCUAUAUUCAUUCA